AUGGCUAAUGCAAACCUAAAAAGCCUGACGGAUGUCUUUGUGUCUGUGGUUGCGGAGAAUAUUGUUUCGUACCUCGCACUGACGGACCUUAUCGCUCUUCAGGGGGUUUGUCGAAUGCUCCGUGCGUCGGUGCAGAGCCGGCUGGACUACCGAUUCAACAUCAACAUCUUCCUAAAAGACUUCAUAGAAGAUGCAACAGCUUUUAGGUGCGAGCUUGGCAAAGCAGAUGCCCUGAUCAUUCGCGAUUCGGCUUUAAACUUCCUAGAGAAUCAACAUAGGCAGUUUAAGCAACUCGACCUGCUAGUGCAAGUUGGGCGAAAAGCAGACACUCUCAUAAACUACCUGUGUGUCGAGGAAUCAUACUUUACCUUGCCAGAGCACCCAGGAACUGCGCAGCUUCAUGGCCAUGCAUCUGCCCUAUCAGAACGUACCAUAAAGCUGGGUAAGAUGUCGUUCGAGGAGAUACACGUCACGACUACAACCAGCUUUCCCAUCCAUGCGCUACUCAAUACAUGUUUUAUGACGACCGAACUAAACUUCGCCACUUGGAACAAAGUCUUUUCGCUUUUUCCGGAAGCAACACUUGCAAGACACAAGACCUACGUCCUCCGCGAAUUGGACGAUGAUUUUGGCACUCGUCUUGCACAGUUUGCUCAUCAAGGCUGGACAACGCGUGACAUGCUAUGGUUGAAAUUGGCGGCGCACAAACCCUGCGGCGUUGGUUCACGACGAGUGGGGGACACAUACUCUGUGUCAAUAUCAGUUACGCCGCUUAUCGAAUCAGCGGAAAUGACGCCUGACUUUGUCGUCGAGCACGCUGCGUUUGAUGUAUUGACCGAGGAAACGACUAUAACGAAGAGGAGAUCUGUUCCCCAAUACACGUGUAGCGAGAUGUCUAUUUACAUACGGAAGCUGGAAUCAUUGGCGCUUCGUCAUCAUUUCACUGUUGGGCAGAGCAACUCCGACUCCUGGUCGAAGUUUGUCAACGAACGACUGGAACGCUGGGCCAAAAUCGAGCUACUCAAAAUCCCGCGCACGACUCGUGGCUUCGACGUUCAUGGCCCUUCUGUGCCUAUGGGACGCAUUUUCCGGCGACCUAAGGGCUGGGAUUAUGCAGAUGACCAGCUCCCUGUCUGGUACAGGAAUUUCCAGGAAGUCAGACAGGCGGAAGAGAAGCACUCUAGUGGACAAGCACAUACUUGCUGGUAA